UCUCUAAAACUUUGUUCAUCACAUUUAAUAUUCUCUUAGGUUAUAUAAAAUGAAAGAGGCUAGUGUUAAAGAUGACACUAAUGUUCUAACUCAUUACCAAUCUUCUUAUUCUUCUCCUUCAAUGGGAACUGUUUAUGCAAAUAUGGAUUCUCUAUCACUUAACUAUGCUGCUUCUUCUUCAUCUCAAGAUGGCUAUAUCUCUAAGGAAGGUACUACUACUAACUUGUCCUUACCACUUAUGAGAGAUUGUUAUCUUACAAGAAACUUUGAAGAACACAGCAACAGUGAUGAUGUUGGAGAAGGCAAUGGUUAUGAUUAUGGUGAUGGUGUUGAGGAAAACAGUGACAAAGUUAACCUUAAUGAAGAGCACAACCCUAGUGAGAAUAAUAGUGGACAUUCUAAACUAUGUGCAAGAGGUCAUUGGAGACCUGCAGAAGAUUCUAAGCUAAAGGAACUUGUUGCUCUUUAUGGUCCUCAGAACUGGAACCUCAUUGCAGAGAAGCUUCAAGGAAGAUCAGGUAAGAGUUGUAGGCUUAGAUGGUUCAACCAGUUAGAUCCAAGAAUAAACAGAAGAGCAUUUAGUGAAGAAGAGGAAGAAAGACUAAUGCAAGCUCAUAGGAUUUAUGGCAACAAAUGGGCUAUGAUUGCUAGACUUUUCCCUGGAAGAACAGAUAAUGCAGUUAAGAAUCACUGGCAUGUUAUAAUGGCUAGAAAGUAUAGAGAACAAUCAAGUGCUUACAGGAGAAGGAGGCUAAAUCAAUCUGUUUACAAAAGAAUAGAAGAUAACACAAGCUUUGUCACAAGAGAUAUGGAUCCAGUUUCAUCAUCCUAUACUGCUUUUACCUUCCCAAAUGGCUAUAAUAUGACUAGUUUUCCAUAUGCAUCUUUUCAUGGUGGUGUUGAGUGUGGCUUAAAUGGCUUAAAUGGUUCAUCUCACAUGAAUGGUGGCAAAGAAACAAUCUCAAGCAACAAACAGUCCCUUUCUCCAAUGGAUUUCUUUUCAGAAAUGAGAUGGCAUGAUAGGCCAAGAGAUUUACUCAAUCAACCAAUGAGUUUCUACCAUAAUUAUCCCCAAUAUAUGAUGUCAAUGCAGCAGCAACAACAACAACAACAAAACAACAGUCACAACAACAAUAGUACUAAUAUUUAUAGUUUCUCAUCAAAUUCAACCACAGUAGCGACAAGAGCACAAAUAUUGAACAGUGAAGUUUCACUAUCAUCAGUGGCAGCAGAAGAAAGAGAUCAAGUUCUGAUGAGUAAUCCACCUCCACCUUCAGAUGCAAUUCCAUUUAUUGAUUUUCUUGGAGUAGGAGCCACAUGAAUCAAAGUUACAACAAACCAAUCAUCCAUUGAAGCUCCUCAAUAUAGGUGUGGUCCAACCUUAAGGAGAAGCCAUUGGAGGUAAACAGAAAGGAUAGUUGCUUUGGUUUGGUCACUGUGUUACUUGCGUCACUUCUGUUCAUAUCACCUUCACAUGGGGACCCUCUU